AGCUUCGAAACAUGUCAUAAAACAUCGAGCAACAAGUUUCGACCGAAUGCUUGAAAUUUCUCCAAAGUAGCAGAUUCCGUCUAGGAUGAAGCUUGUCCAACAAGUAUUAUGUAAAACAAAGUUCGUAGUUCCUGCCAAAGAAAUUGAAUUUUUUGUUCUUCAUAAACCAUAAACCAUAUUCAAUUUCUGGUGGAACUUCGCUGAGUUGUUACUACGAUGGCGGAGGACAAGAAGUCGCUGAAACUCAAGAGAAGGGGAGCGAAAGCCAGGCUCACCAGACACAGUAACGGUCUUCAGAUUUUGCUUAAUAAUAGCAGAGAAGUGCCAGAAAUUCAGUCUGCAUAUAUAUAGCAAGUUUGAGCAAGCAUAUGGAGACCUACAAGAAACCCAUGAGAACUUUACUAUGACUAUUGAUGAUGAUGCUGAGUUUGAGAUAGAGGAACAGUGGAUGGGUGAUUGCCAGAAAGAAUUCCUGAAAUUGCAGAUAGAGGUUACAGAUUACUGUUCUCAAACCAGCUCAGGAGUCAAGACGCCAACAGAACAAGUACUACCACAGUCAGAGAUGCCGCCAAUGCAGGGAGGGUCUCCUAUACCUCCAGAAUCGGCAAUCUUGUAUCCCCCUCCACUGCAAAACCGAGACACUUCUCCAGGUAUGUCAGAUGCUAGAUGCAGUUUUAAGGUGGAGAAGCCGAAGUUACCCAAGUUUGCUGGAGAUGUUCGGGACUAUGAGAUAUUCAGAUCAGACUUCGUUCACAUGGUUGAUUCGCGUUAUGGAAAACGUGAUGCAAUGACAAUCCUGAGAAGCUGUCUCGUUGGCCGUGCACACGACUUAAUCCAAGGCAUAGGUCAGGAUUAUGAUGCUGCCUGGGAUCUAUUAGAUUCCAUGUAUGGAGAUGCUAGAAUUGUUGCUGAUACAAUAAUCAAUGACCUGAGCAAAUUCAAACCACUGAAAGAGAACGAAGACAACAAAUUUUGUGAGUUUGUCAACCUUGUGAGAAGAAGCUAUAACAUCCUUAAGCUAGUUGGAAAGAAGGGUGACAUGGACAACAGUCACAUGUUAGCAACCAUAGAGAGAAAAUUGUGCGCAGUUGAUAGGAAGAAUUGGUUUAGAUACCAAGAAUCAGAGAAGCAAGCUGCAAGCUUUGAAACUUUGUUGACAUGGCUGAACCUGGAAAUGAAAGCUAGGAUGAGAGCUUCAGCACCAUUGAGAUCACAGAUGCAAAGUGAAGGAAAGUCUGCAAAUGUUCAUCAUUUGUCAUACAAAGAAAAGAGCAAACCAGACCAUAGUGAUAGAUACCAUGCAGAGCAGCCACGAGACAGAGCUCAGAGACAACAUCGCUGCUGGCAUUGCAAGACUGAUGAGCACUGGGUAGAUCAGUGUAAGCGUAUAAUCUCCAUGGCUGCCCCAGAAAGACUGAAGUUCUUCAAGGAAAAUAGAUGCUGCUUUAGCUGCCUAAAGAAAGCAGGGAAAAACCACUACAUGGCAAACUGUAGGAGAAGGCAGAAAUGUUCAGAGCACGGGUGCACUUACUAUCACCAUCCUUUGUUGCACUUUGAAGCGAGUCAACAGAUGGAAAAUGAGAGCAGUAAAAAUGACAUUAACGUUGCGACUACAGUUGGAGCAUCGUUGCUGCCAAUCUUAUCCAUAGACAUUGACAGUGAUACCAGAGCAAAUGUCCUGUUAGAUAGCGGCUCACAAGUUAGUUUGAUAAAAAAUUCACUCGCCGAGAGACUCCAGUUGAAAGGCACCAAAACGAGCAUCACAAUAAAGAAGCUUGGCGAAGAUGAAGAAGAGUUAGAGACUUUCAGAUAUAGAGUGCCGAUUAGAGAAGCAAACACAACCAAGAAACACCAGAUUAUUGAAGUUGUCGGCGUACCUUCAAUAACAGAGGAAGAAGCUGUUAGUCUGAAAGACCUCAAAGAUCAAUUUGAUAUCCCUAACCUGAACAGAGAUAAUGGACCAGUGGAGAUCUUGAUUGGAAUAGAUCAUCCAAGAUACAUAGUAGGUGGUAAACUAAAGAAGAGAGGUAACUGCAUAGCAAGAAAAACUCCAUUAGGAUGGGUAAUCUUUGGUGCCACAGAGAAGCGAACCAUGUGUGUCAAUGUCCUUCACGUAGCAGUUCAGAGUCCAGAUUUGUCAGAAUUUUGGCGAAUGGAAUCUCAAGGUGUAAGUUGUCAGUGCCAAGAGACUAAGUUAACCCUUGAUGAACAGAAAGAGGAAGAGAUCAUCAGAGCUUCUUCACAGAAGAAAGGAAAGCAGUGGGAAAUAGGUUAUCCAUGGCAAAGGGAUCCUAAUGAACUCCCAGAUAAUAAGAGUCAAGCAGUGAAAAUCCUUGAGUCAACUGAAAAAAGACUUUCUAGAAACCCAGAGCACGCAGAAGCUUACAACAAGCAAAUCCAUGAACUGGAAGAAAUGGGGUUUGCUAAGAAACUCACAGCAGCAGACAUCGAGAAGUAUGAAGGACCAGUUCAUUACAUAUCACAUCAUGCUAUUGUAAGACCAGAAAAAAAGAGCACCCCUAUCAGAAUUGUUUUUAAUUCUUCUGCAUCUUACCAAGGUCAUCGGUUAAAUGAAUACUGGAUGAAAGGUCCUGAUCUCUUGAACAGUUUGGUCGGAGUGCUCCUGAGAUUCAGGGAAAAUGAAGUGGCCUUAUGUGGGGAUAUCUCUAAGAUGUACCAUCGUGUGUCAAUCCCAGAGAUAGAUCAACAUGUCCAUAGGUUCUUAUGGAGAGACCUGGAUGGGAACAGAGAACCUGAUGUCUACAUGAUGAAGGUUGUCACUUUCGGUGACAAACCAGCACCAGCAAUCGCCCAGACUGCUCUGAAGCUUACAGCAGAACAAGGAGAGUGUACACAUCCUCAUGCUGCUUCUGUUUUGAAAAGGAAUGUGUAUAUGGAUGACAUUUGCGACUCUGUACAGACUGUAGAUGAAGCCAGGAAACUAAGUGCAGAGAUAGAUGAAGUGUUAAAUGACGGAGGCUUCAAAGUUAAAGGGUGGAUUUCCAAUGAAUCUGAUGUGGGAGACCUCACCCAAGGAAAGAUGAAAUUACUAGAUGACAUAGCUGAGGAGAAGGUCCUAGGAGUAGUUUGGGACAGAGAAAAUGACACCUUCUCAUACAAAGUAAAGCUUAGAGACAGUGUACUGAAUUCAAGAAUAGAUGGAGAGUGUCAAGAAAGAUUAACUAAGAGGAAAAUCCUCUGUCAAAUCGCCCACAUAUUUGAUCCCAUAGGAUUUGCUGCCCCAGUGAUUGUUAGAGCCAAGAUAGGGAUGCAGAAAUUGUGGCAAAGAGGCUACAACUGGGACGACCCUCUUACUGAAAAGGAAGAUGCGGACUGGAGGCUUCUGUUCGAGGAAAUGAAAGGAUUGAAUGAAGUAUCUCUCGAAAGAUGUCUAACACCUCCUGAAGCUCAAGGUAAACCAGUGUUGUGCAUUUUCUCUGAUGCAUCAGAAAAUGCAUACGGUGCAUGUGCAUAUCUAAGGUGGCAAACCGGAGAUGGCAAGUUCGAGACUCGCUUUGUUGCAUCCAAGUCAAAGGUAGCACCAUUAAAGACAUUGACAAUACCCAGAUUGGAGCUACAAGCCGCCGUAUUAGCUGCCAGACUGUACAAGUCGAUCACUGAAGAGAUGAGAUUAGAGGUUGAGAAAGUGAUGCUCUUCACCGACAGCAUGAUAACUCUACAGUGGAUCAAGUCUUCGGCCAGGAUAUAUAAGCCUUUUGUGUCAAGCAGAAUAGGGGAGAUUCAGACUCUCACUGAUCCCUCAAGCUGGAAACAUAUACCUGGUGAAGAUAACCCAGCAGACAAAGUGUCAAGAGGAAUUGCAGUAAACGACCUUAUGAAUGAAUGGAAGUGCGGUCCUAGAUUCCUGCAUGUUGACGAAACAGAGUGGCCAGUAGACAAGGUGAAUAUUGAUCAGAGUCUUGAGAAUCUAGAGAGACGAAAGACGAAUCAGAAGGUAUUAGUUGUCAACGUGUCAGUUGCCCCCAUCGAAUCUGAACGUUUCUCAAGUUGGCGAAAGUUAGUAAGAGUGACUGCCUACGUUUUCAGAUUUGUGCGGAUUCUUAAGUCAAAGCUCAAGAAAGAAUCCAUGCCAGAUGCUGAUGUGACGUUAGCCCCAGCAGAGUUGAAGAAAGCUGAGCUAUAUUGGACAAAGGAAGCGCAAAGGGGUCUGAAAAGCAGAUUUGAGAGAGGAGAGUUCAGAACCCUUACCCCUUUCGUUGACAACGAAGGAGUAAUCAGAGUAGGAGGAAGAGUUGAGAACUUAGUAACAUCAUAUGAAUCUAAACAUCCAGCUCUGCUCCCAGGUUCCCAUCACAUAGCUCUUCUUUUCACACGUCACAUUCAUGAGAUUGGACACCCAGGUAUUGAGACGACAACCGCCAAGGCGAGACGCAAGUUUUGGAUCUUACAAGGACAUCGUUUGGCGAAAACCGUCAAGCAUCGCUGUGUUAAAUGCAGGUCAACAGAAUGUAAGCGUGAGACCCAGAAGAUGGCUGAUUUACCCAGUAGUCGUGUCGCACCUCACACUCCACCAUUUCAUUACACCUCCUGUGACUAUUUUGGCCCCUUUCAAGUAAAGGUUGGUCGUAAUAAGAGGGCCAAACAUUAUGGUGUAAUCUUUACAUGUCUAAAUACGCGUGCCGUUCAUCUGGAAAUCGCAACAGAUUGUUCAACAAUGGAAUUUCUCCAAGUCCUAAGGAGAUUCUUAGCAGUGAGGGGACGACCAGCUCAGAUCCUUAGCGACAAUGGAACUCAAUUUGUGGGAGCUCAACGCGAACUUCGCGAGAUGAUAUCGGGAUGGAGUGAAGAUGAGCUCAAAGAUUUCUGUGCAGAUAAGGGGAUACAGUGGAAGUUCAUCACCCCUAAUGCACCCCACCAAAAUGGGUGCGCUGAAUCUCUUGUUAAAAGUGCCAAAAUAUCAAUCAAAAAAGCAAUUGGUGAGCAAGUGCUCACACCAUUUGAGUUGUAUACAUGCUUUCUUGAAGUAGCUAAUCUUAUGAAUGAGAGACCGAUAGGACGGAAAUGCAAUGACCCAGAUGAUGGAAAUUAUUUGUGUCCAAAUGAUAUGUUGUUAGGUAGGUCUUCUAGAAAUGUUCCCCAGGGUCCAUUUAAGCAAACAAAGAAUCCUCGCGAUCGCGUAGAAUUUGUCCAGCAAAUAGUGGAUUCAUUUUGGAAGCAGUGGUCUCAAAACGUCCUACCACUUCUAGUACCAUGUAGAAAGUGGAACACGGAUCGAAGGAACGUUAGAGUUGGUGACGUCGUAAUGACUGCAGAGAGCAAUGCAAUUCGUGGAAAGUGGACUAUAGCAAGAAUCAUUCAGGUUUAUCCGGGACCUGAUGGUAAAGUUCGAAAUGUGAAGCUAAAAACUGUUUCCGGAGAGUAUCGUAGACCCAUUACAAAACUAGCGGUUAUCUACCCAACAGAAGGUUAUAUUGACUAAAUUAAAGACUUUGAGACUGAACGUUCAUUUCAGCUGAAUUCGUUGAAAAUUAUUGAUAUGUUAUACAUGUAUUUAUUCAUUUGCAUGUCAUAUGAUAUAUUUGUUUGAGAAAUUUCAAGUUUUCAAAAGGUCUCCUCUUCCGGAGGGGCGGGAGGAUGUUUCGAUGAUCGAAACUAUUUAUUUGUUGCAGAUACCAUAAUAUAUGUUUAUAGGUAAAAAUCGGUUUCAGCCUAAAAUUUCAGCUUCGAAACAUGUCAUAAAACAUCGAGCAACAAGUUUCGACCGAAUGCUUGAAAUUUCUCCAAAGUAGCAGAUUCCGUCUAGGAUGAAGCUUGUCCAACAAGUAUUAUGUAAAACAAAGUUCGUAGUUCCUGCCAAAGAAGUAAGUGUGCUUAAAUAUUGUUUUAAAAGGUUUUCUGAGCCAAUUAUCUAAAAUGUAAAAUUGAAAAUGAAGAAAACCUUCACGUGGUUAAAUGUUCAUUUGCAUAAAUUUUGCAUACUGUGAGGUCGCCGUAUAGAUAACAGAAUGCGACAUGUCUUGUAUGAAAAAAAGGUAUAAAAUUCAUUGUUUUAUACUUGUCAAGGAAAAGGAGAACGGAAAGAAAUAAUUGAGUUGAGGAGAAAUUAUUUUGAUGAUAAUUAUUUUAGAAAUCACAUUAGUUUCUUUGGAUAUGUAAGCUACGUAGAUUUGGGACAUGAAACCAAAACUGAAGUUAGCACUAAAUUUGCAUUGUUUAUAUAAAGCAAUGAGUAGUAAUGUCCAGGGUUUAUGAAAGCUUAUAUAUCUAUGGAAUAUUAUUGACAGAGAUAUUAUAGAAGCAUUUCAGAUUGAUAAAAUAACUGUGUAUUAUGAAUCAAACUAGACCAAAGCAAUUUAAUGUGGCUAGUCAAAGGAAUUUAAGCAAACUUUUAAAGAGUUGUUUUGAGUAGGAUUUACAAUUUGUCAAGUGAAAUAUUUAUACUUAAAUUCAAGUUGAAUUUAUUGUAUUUUCCUGGAGAUUUAUUUUCCAGUGCAAACACCAAAAGGAUUACUGAUGUAGCUUUUUCUUGAAUAUUUGCUAGGAAAAUAAUGCAGAUAUUUCAUGAAGAUAAUUAUGAUUACUACUGAUAAUUUUAUGGUCCUUUUGCAAGUUAAGAUAGAGCUGUCAAAAGUCAAUAAUCACACAUAGAGACAUGGUUUGAUGUUUUAUUCAGGUUCAUCAUUUAUUUUGAGAAAGUACUAUUCAAAGUGUGAUUUAAUCUAGACAAAAUAGUCUAAUUUCCGGUUCAAUUGUUUGUUCUUUACAGAUUGAAUUUUUUGUUCUUCAUAAACCAUAAACCAGAAAGUGUAAAAACAUUGGUUACAAGACCAUGGUUAAACAUUCGUCUUAGCAAGGUUGAAAACAACGGUUAUAAACCAAAAUUUUAACCAUGGUUUUAAGAUAGUUUGAAAACGAUGAUUAUAUAACCAUGGUUUUAACCGUGGUUUAAUGAAAGUGUAAAAACAGUGGUUACAAAACCAUGGUUAAAUUUGCGUUUUACCAAGGUUGAAAACGACGGUUAUACACCAUGAUUUUAACCAUGGUUUUAUGAUAGUUUGAAAAUGAUUGUUAUAUAGCCAUGAUUUUAACCGUGGUUUAAUGAAAGUGUAAAAACAGUGGUUACAAUACCAUGGUUAAAUUUCCGUUUUACCAUGGUUGAAAACGAUGGUGAUACACCAUGAUUUUAACCAUUGUUUUAUGAUAGUUUGAAAAUGAUUGUUAUAUAACCAUGGUUUUAUCCGUGGUUCAAUGAAAGUGUAAAAACAGUGGUUACAAUACCAUGGUUAAAUUUCCGUUUUACCAUGGUUGAAAACGAUGGUUAUACACCAUGAUUUUAACCAUGGUUUUAUAAUAGUUUGAAAAUUAUGGUUAUAUAACCAUGGUUUUAACCGUGGUUUUAUGAAAGUGUAAAAACAGUGGUUACAAUACCAUGGUUAAAUUUCCGUUUCACCAUGGUUGAAAACGACGGUUAUACACCAUGAUUUUAACCAUGGUUUUAUGAUAGUUUGAAAAUUAUGGUUAUAUAACCAUGGUUUUAACCGUGGUUUAAUGAAAGUGUCAAAACAGUGGUUACAAAACCAUGGUUAAACAUUCGUCUUAGCAAGGUUGAAAACGACGGUUAUAAACCAUGAUUUUAACCAUGGUUUUAAGAUAGUUUGAAAAUGAUGGUUAUAUAACCAUGGUUUUAACCGUGGUUUAAUGAAAGUGUAAAAACAGUGGUUACAAAACCAUGGUUAAAUUUGCGUUUUACCAAGGUUGAAAACGACGGUUAUACACCAUGAUUUUAACCAUGGUUUUAUGAUAGUUUGAAAAUGAUUGUUAUAUAACCAUGGUUUUAACCGUGGUUUAAUGAAAGUGUAAAAACAUUGGUUACAAAAAGCAUGAUUAAAUUCCCGUUUUAC